AUGCUGGGCAACCACUGGCGUAGGAGAUGGAUUCAUGCUUUGCUCUGGACACUGGGAAAUCGUAUCGACGACGCUCUUCGCCUGCUAGAAAUCACCCACAUCUCUCCAUUCAUGCCUGCUGCGUACACUGCCGAUGCAUUGAGUUUCAUCAUUCGACAUUACUACAACAACCCUCCGCCUGAUGAUAUUCGCGAGCGGUUAGUCCGUGUCGCUUGUACCCUUAUGGACCGGCCAGGCACUUCCCCGCUUCAAGUCACUGGUAGCACCUUCCGCAAAAUGAUGCAUUACUGCAAUGAAGAACAAGUCUUGAAGAUAUUCGAGACUAUCGCCGUGAGCGGCACACCUCUGCAUUGGAAUACGCGUUUACACUUUACUACAUAUCUAGCUUGUCACGGUCGCUUUGAUCAGGCAUUGGACACGCUUCUUGAUGCAGUUUCGGAAGGAGCUGAUGUCACCUCCAAGCAGUUUGAAAGCUGCUGUGCUACCCUUCUGCGAGAAGCUGCCGGCCAGCUUGACGGCCUGCGUGUCAGUCUUCGUUUGGUCCAAAACCUGUCUGAUAUAGGCGUCAAGCUCAACGUCCAACUUUGCAACAUUGUCAUGCUCAACGCCAUCGAGGCCGGCGAUCUCAAGACGGCUUUCACUAUCUAUCAUUCUCUUGUCGACAACAAUCUCGUGGCAGACGAAUAUACACACGCCAUUCUGCUCAAGGGUUGCAAGACUGUGAUUGAGGAUUCGGAAACUCUCAACACCACCAUCCGCCAAGCCAUCGCUGAUGUCCAAGUUCAAAAUCUCUACGUCGUGGGGACAGAGAUUAUACACUGUCUCUACCUACACCACUUCCAGAUCGAUCCGGAGAACGCCUUUUCCACAGUUAUAGAGGCCUACAUGCAACUAUUCGACACUUCCGAUCUCAUCAGCCUCGGGAUACUGCCCCAGAAGCACGCAAACAAAACCAUGAACAGAAAAAGACCCACGAUAUCAGUCAUGGGCAUCAUGAUCGGCGCUCACCUCCGGCACAUCACCUCAUCCCACAGCCGAAACAUGUCACACAUCCACGACCUCUACCGCCGCUACCGAUACCUCGCCGAAAGAAACGUCAGCCCCUACGUCUUUCUCGCCGCCAAAGACUACGUCUCCAAUGCCUUCCUGCUUGCCUUUUCCUCCGACAUUUCUGGCUUACCCUACGCCGCAGAAGUGAUCCGCGACAUGCAAACGCCCUUUUCCCACCAGCGUUCUCAGACUAAACCCACCGUGCGCUCAUGGUCAAUAUUCCUGCACGCGUUUGCCAAACACGGCAAAAUGGAGUUGGCAGAACAAGUGCUGAAGUACAUGAAAGAAAGGAAUCAGACGCCUAAUGAGGUCACCUGGAACUCUUUGCUCGGUGGAUACGCAAGGAUGGGUAAGGCUAGCGAGGCAGUCGAGACGUUUGUGCGGAUGAGGGAUAGUGGGUUUGAGGCUGACGAAGUGACGAAGAGACAUUUUGGAAAAAUCAAACUCGAUGGGGUGGCGAGGAGUGCGUGGAACAAAAGCAUCAGGGACGUGGGAGAGGCACAAAAGGACGAGCAAGCAGCGAGUCAGCAACAGCAACAGCAGGUGGAUCAACAGGAGCAAGAAGAAGAAGAAGAAGAAGAAGAAGAAGGAGUAAUGGCACAGAGCGCAGACGAAGAGGUUAGCAGCGAGGAUACGGCUGAGCUCGCUGAAGGCGUGCGAGCGAUGAGUGUAUGA